AUCUUAAGAGGUACAGCCAGGACCCUAUGACCAGCUGUCCCUUCCAGCCCACAACGAUGGAGCCAAGUGAUUCUUCCUAUGUGGACUCUGUGUUCCGAUACACUCUCUUCCCAAUUGUUUACAGCAUCAUCUUUGUGCUGGGGGUCAUUGCCAAUGGCUAUGUGCUGUGGGUCUUUGUCCACCUGUACCCUUCUAAGAAACUCAACGAGAUAAAGAUCUUUAUGGUGAACCUCACCAUGGCGGACCUGCUCUUCCUGAUCACUCUGCCGCUGUGGAUCAUCUACUACUACAACCAGGGCAACUGGAUUCUUCCCAAAUUCCUAUGCAAUCUGGCUGGUUGCCUCUUCUUCAUCAACACCUACUGCUCCGUGGCCUUCCUGGGCGUCAUCACUUAUAACCGCUUCCAGGCAGUAACUCGGCCCAUCAAGACUGCUCAGGCCACCACCCGCAAGCGUGGCAUCUGUUUGUCCCUGGUCAUCUGGGUGGCCAUUGUGGCUGCUGCAUCCUACUUCCUCAUCAUGGACUCCACCAACACAGUGCCCAACAAGGCUGGCUCAAGCAACAUCACCCGCUGCUUUGAACAUUAUGAGAAGGGCAGCGUGCCGGUCCUCAUCAUCCAUAUCUUCAUUGUGUUUAGCUUCUUCCUCGUCUUUCUCAUCAUCCUCUUCUGCAACCUGGUCAUCAUCCGCACGCUGCUCAUGCAGCCGGCGCGGCAGCCCCGCAAUGCUGAAGUCAAGCGCCGGGCACUGUGGAUGGUCUGCACGGUCUUGGCGGUAUUUGUCAUCUGCUUUGUGCCCCACCACAUGGUGCAGCUGCCCUGGACCCUGGCCGAGCUGGGCUACCAGAACAGCAACUUCCACCAGGCUAUUAACGAUGCUCAUCAGAUCACCCUCUGCCUCCUUAGCACCAAUUGUGUCUUGGACCCCGUCAUCUACUGUUUCCUCACCAAAAAGUUCCGCAAGCACCUCACUGAAAAGUUCUACAGCUUGCGCAGCAGCCGGAAAUGCUCCCGGGCCACCACGGAGACGGGAACUGAAGUGGUCGUGCAACUCAACCAGAUCCCUGCCAAUUCUCUCAAAGAUUGAUCCCUCUUGUUGGGGCUAGUCUUCUCCGCCAUGGACACCAUGGACUGAGCUGGGGAAGAAGGGAUCUGCUGUGGCCUGGGCACCUCCUCCUUGGACACUGGUGGCCCAUGAGGGAUGGAGACUACCUCACCCAGGCAGGGAUGAUGGCUGAGCUGGACUGCGAGAAAAUCCAGAGCUUCACUGAGCCCCUUCAGCCACCUUUGGACAUGUACUGUAGUAACCUUGGCUGGUGACCUCAUCCUGAGCCCCUGAGUCUGAAGGGGCUGAGAGGAAUAUCAGGGUCAAGUGCAGACUUUGGGGGCAGACUUUGAGCCUCCCAGUUUACACCACUUGUGUACCAGCCUAAAGC